CGAACAUGUAAUUUCGUUGCUCAUAAUGUGGUUAAGUGGAUCUUUUUCCACAAUCGGUAUGAUCGUGUGCUAGUUGUAAUCUUUUUCCACAAUGUAAGUAGAUUUUCGUUGGGAGAUUGAAAACUACACUUAUUUUGUAAUAGACUCUCCCGGUAUUAUGCUAGUUGUAAUUUUAUUUUUGUUAGCCGAACAUGUAAUUUUGUUGCUCAUAAUGUGGUUAAGUGGAUCUUUUUCCACAAUCGGUAUGAUCGUGUGCUUGUUUCUUCUAUUUCAAAUAAUAUAUUCUGUAAUGACCGUGAGGUUUAAUUUCAUUUAUGUUUAUUUUUUUAAAAAAAAUAUUUUUAGUACGGUUCUAAAAAUAUUUUAAAGAAUUUUGAAAGAGUAAACAAAAGGGUCAACAUCAUUUGUUAAUGUAUUUUUGCUGGAGUCUAACGAACGUGACAUUAAAAAACUCCAGCUAUAUAAGCUGCCGGCCCCCCCAACAAAAAAUGGCUUAUUCUUUUAUUAUAGCGGCAAAUCCAAAAAAUCUCCAUUGUUAGAAUCAGCCAACUGGCCUUAACAAGUUCACACAAAGUAUUGGGAUUUUUCUCCUUGUCCAUAAUCUCAACCAUUCCAAUACUAUAUCCUUUAUUUACUUCACCAACUUUUCCCACAUAAAAAAAAUUAACCCAUAAUGGCAUCAUCAACAAAGAACAGAAUUCCUAUCUGGGUGGUGAUCAUCUUCUUUUCUCUGUUUCUCCUUCUUCAUACCACAACUUCUGUUGAAGAUGAGGUUAAGAAAUCACUGCUUAACUUUCUUUCAAAGCUAUCCAACAAUGGCACUACUCAACUCGGUUCGCUUUCGAGUUGGAACACUACAUCUGAUCCUUGCAAUGACCACUGGUCUGGUGUAGUUUGUGGGACAAAGAAUAGUGUCAUAAAAAAGUUGUACCUCAACAGCUCAAAACUAGAAGGAGAGCUUGAUAUUGGCAUUCUUUGUGGAGUGGCACCAAUUGCAGCCUCACUUGGUGUUGUUCAUCUUGAGUACAACAACAUUCAUGGAGUAAUUUCUACACAGAUUUCGUCCUGCAAACAACUCACUCACUUCCAUGUAACUCGGAACAAGCUUUCAGGAAGCCUUCCAGCUUCUCUUGUCAUGUUAAAUAACUUGAUACAAUUUGACAUAUCCAACAACAGAUUUUCUGGUAGUUUGCCAGAUUUUUCUAGUAUUUCAGGUCUUCAAGUAUUCCUUGCUGAAAAUAACCAGCUUGGUGGGGAGAUACCGCGAUUCGAUUUCUCAAACCUGAAGCUAUUCAAUGUCUCAAACAAUAACUUCACUGGUAGUAUACCAGAUGUUCAUGGCCAUUUCACAGCAAAUAGCUUUAUUGGUAAUCCUUAUCUAUGUGGGGAUCCAUUGCCAAAUGAGUGUCCACCUUCACAAUCAAAUACCCUUUCAGAGAAGUCAAAAGAUUCUUAUAAAAGUUCAGUUACUAUGUUUGUAGGAUAUAUUGUUUUGGGAUUGAUUGGUAUUGCUCUAAUCAUUUUCAUGCUUUGCAAAAGAAACAAAAGAAAGAAAGACAAGGUUAAUAAUGCAUUGCCAAAGAAAGUAGUUGCAGUUGAUAAUGAUGGAGAUGACAGCAUGUACAAGUCUAGUUUUGGUGGUUUAACUAAAUCAGAAACUUCAGCUGAUGAUCAAAGUGGUUUUGUUUCAUCCUCAGUGCUGGUGGUGCUCACUAGUCCAGAGGUAAAUGGACUUAAAUUUGAGGACUUGCUAAGGGCUCCAGCUGAGAUGAUUGGAAGAGGCAAGAGUGGUAGUCUCUAUAAGGUCCUUCUUGGUAAUAACCAAAUUGUAGCUGUCAAAAGGAUUAAAGAUUGGGACAUUUCUAGUCAUGAGUUUAAGCAAAGAAUGCAGAGGUUAGAUAAAGUGAAACAUCCUAAUGUGCUUCCAACUCUUGCUUUCUAUUCUUCCAAACAAGAGAAGCUUUUGGUUUAUGAAUUUCAGCAAAAUGGAAAUCUAUUCAAGUUUCUUCAUGGAACCAAUAUGGAUUAUGCAUUUGAUUGGGCCACUAGACUUGAAAUAGCAGCCAACAUAGCAGAAGCAUUAGCCUUCAUGCACCAAGAACUCAAAGAUGACAAGAUUGCCCAUGGUAACUUGAAAUCAUCAAACAUAUUGCUCAACAAGAACAUGGAGCCAUGUAUAAGUGAGUAUGGUCUCAUGAGGGUUGAAAACAGUAGCCCUUCCAAAUCAUCGAACGCCUUCUUUAAAGACGAUGUUUAUGGUUUCGGUGUCAUCCUGCUUGAGCUUCUCACUGGGAAUCUGGUGCAGCACAAUGGCAUUGACUUAACAGAUUGGGUUCAGUCUGUUGUGAGGGAAGAAUGGACAGUUGAAGUCUUCGACAAGGCGUUGCUCUCGGAAUGCGCUAGCAUAGAAAGGCUAGUGAGUUUGCUCCAAGUAGCCAUACAAUGUGUUAGCCGUUCUCCUGAGGCUAGACCCUCCAUGAACCAAGUUGCAGCCAUGAUCAACGCGAUUAGAGAAGAAGAUGAGAAAUCUGCUGUAUCUUUUGAACCAUCACAAUUGGAUUAAAAAAUUUAAUACAUGCAUAGAACAUAACUACUUGUUAGUUAGUAUAAAUUAUAGGAAAUUUAUAUAUUACACCUCUAAAUAAGUGUUCUGGUAGAUCUCUUAUUUGUUUCGGUAUUUAAAAAAAAAUUAGUUUGAUUUUUCUUUUCUCAUAAUUACGUAGGUUGUACUUGUAACUAUUAUUAAGACUACCUGUAAACUCUUAGAAAAUUCUAUAUAGUUUACAAUGUCGAAAAUAAAAUUCAAACAAUUAUUUACUAUGCGUAUAAGAAAAUAUAUUCGUGUGUGCAA